AUGGCCGAUACAUCUGUCGAACAAACCCCGGGUGGAAGCCAUUCAUCACGCGAGCCACCGAACGUAUCCCCAAGCAAUGAUAGCCCGGGCGUUAGUCCCCAAGCUCGUGAUGCUUAUUCUCCACCCACUGGAAUAGGCUACACGGCUACGUCUGCACUUCCAGCGCGAAUGCAGAAUGAGGCGGGCUUCUACAAGUCCUUCAUCGUCGAAGUUGUCAUGAAUGGAGUGUAUGACAAAGCUUCAAACUCCAACAAGAUCAAGAAGCCGAACUGGCCUCGGGGAAACUUCGAAUACUUGCACUCACCACUUAGAGAUGUCUUGGGAACCUUUGCCAGUACUUCGGUUUUCUCCAAUGACACUGAAGAUACCAGUGGAAGCACGUACAUUGACUCACCAAGUCCGUUCGUCCACAAUGACGGGCAGAGUACAUACAAGUGGUACACUGAAACAGACCAGAAUGCCUACCUGGCUUUCAAUAUCAAGUCCCAUAAGUACAUCUUUGUUGAUCCAACCCUGCCCAUCAGUCUUUUUAGAAUUAUCGGUCUUUACCUAAUUUAUUUAAUAUCUCAUUAA